GAAACGGAGGAUUAAACGAUCCUCGUAGUGCACGCCAACUUACCUGUAUGUAAUUAUAUUUUUCGCACACACUCAAAUGCGAUCUACUACACGAGCUGUAAAUAUGUCUUGCUUUUUGCCAAGCAUUCUAUCGGAGAAAUUCACUUGGAAAAUAUUUCUCGAUCAUUUUCAAGUUCACUUACGUAAGUACGCGUGCGGGAGAAUUGGUGCGGAAUGGCGGAUGUUUGGUGGUGCUCGACGGCGAAGUGGCGCGCGGUUAUAAGCUCGCACCCGCUCCUCCGGCUGUCAGUUGCCGAUAAACCACCCUCGCAGACGUUGAUUUCUAGUUAUUAGUGCAGUGUGUGAAUAUACGUCAAAAUAACAAAAUGUGUUCCGCUUUUCGGAUAGCCGUCGUGUCAGUUAUCUGUGUGGCCGUCGCCUCCGGCCACGUGCACGGACCCCGCAGAUCUCGCCGGAUGGAUGCCGAGGAUUAUGCACAAAACGAAAUCGACAGUGGAAGAGCUGAAGAGAGCUCGUGGUGGCCUUCGGCAGAAUUCGCCGUUUUGCAGAAAGUUUAUGACGACUGCAGUGCGCAAAAGCACUUGACGAUGUGCCUAAAGGGCAAAGCCCUGCACGCCCUCACACGGGCCGUGGAACAGGAGAGCGUGCAGCUCGCGGACGGGCUCACCCUGAUGAAGCAGGCGGACGCUCCCGCGGCGGUCGCGGAGCCGCGCUUCUUCCCUGGCAUGUCCACGGAAGACAAGCUCGAUAUGGCUCUGCGCACUAAAUUCGAGCAAUUGAUGAACUCGCACACCAUCUCGAUGGAUUUGGCUUCGGAGGGUAGAGGCAGAGGCAAGAAAGUGCUCCCUUACCUGCUGCUCGGUAUCUUCACCACCGUAAGUGUGGUGGGAGGCAUCGCCCUCAAGACGCUGGCCGCCAUCGCUGGCAAGGCGCUGAUCGCCAGCAAGGUCGCGCUCACGAUAGCCGGUAUCAUCGCCCUGAAGAAACUCUUCAGCCACGACGGCGCCCCCGGCGAAACUACCUUCCAAGUGCACGCUGAUGGACAUCAUAGUCUUUAAUUCGAAGGCGGAAUAUGUACGUGGUGAGGCCAGCGAAAGCAAGCGCGGUGGACCCAUACCGAUACUACGGCGAGCAGACGACGUCCACCGCCGCCGCCAGCGCGUAGCCCGCGCCCCGUCUCACCCGCCCUGACCCGCCGCGCCUUCGCCCAGACAAAAACCUCAAACCAAAGUACCGUCCAUGCUAUGGACAUCCUACUUAGACGAUUGGUCGUCCGCUCUCGUUGUCAAAUCUAUGUCAAUAAAUUAUUUAGUGUAAUUUAUUUAUUUGUGACUACGGUUGUAUGUUUAAAGUUAAAUAAUUGCAGCAGUGAUGUAAGAGAUAAUAAAAAACAUGACACUGAA